UGAAUGAAACAGAAGAUUUCUCACUGUUGAAAAAGAGAAAUUAGAUAGAGGAAGAAGAAGAAGAAGAGUGUAGAGACUCGAAAUCAAUCGGAAUCAGUAAAAUGAGCGGAGUUUCGACGGCGGCGUACUUUGCGCGGCGAGCGGCGCAGAAGGAGAGGGUUCGUAUCCUUUAUCGCCGUGCCCUUAAGGAUACUCUUAAUUGGGCUGUUCAUCGCCAUAUUUUCUACCGAGACGCUUCUGAUCUGCGCGAGAAGUUCAAUGCCAACCAAGAUGUGGAGGAUGUCGACAGAAUCGACAAACUGAUUGCUCAUGGUGAAGCAGAAUACGACAAAUGGCGGCACCCUGAUCCUUAUAUCGUGCCAUGGGCUCCUGGUGGCUCAAAGUUCUGUAGAAACCCGACUCCGCCUGCUGGGAUUGAAAUUGUGUACAACUAUGGUCAAGAAGACAACCCAUAAACCUAGUUUGCUUAUUUUCAUACCCAACAAUAAAAUUGAUGCAUGGGUUGCCUAUGGUUCAGCAGAUAAGUUUAAGACUUUCAAGGUUGAGACUUUGAGGGAUCAAUUGUAGUUUUCAAAGAUGUUUCUUUCCAGUUAGACAAUCUUGUUUCGACUUGGUUUAUCUUUCUCCAUCUAAAAAUAUUUUCUGGUGGCUCUUUAGCUGCAAAGCAUGUCAUCACGAAUCAUGGAUGUUCCGACCAUGAAAACUUUUCAGGAAAAACAAAAGAAGUGUGUUGGAUAAUCAAACAUUAUAUGAAUCAAAAGUUGUUUUCA